AUGCAGGUGCUCUGGAGCAGAGAAUGGCUGUUAGAGAACNAACACCUUUCCGCCGUCAAACCUCUUGCCGAAAGCGGGUUUUGGGUCUUGGGCGGUGCAAUGCUAGAAGAUGUGCCCAAAGAAGGCUCGCCUCUAAAGAUCAAAGGUUCAGUGAUGUUGGCCUUGGCGAGCUCCAAAGAAGAAGUCAUGGAAAAGAUUAAGAAGGACAUUUAUGCCGACAAGGGAGUUUGGGAUAUGGAUAAGAUUCAGAUUUUCCCGUUCAAGAGUGCUGUUAGAUCUGCUUUGUAG